AAGAUGACUGAUGUUGUGCUGCAACAAAAUCAUAUUCUCAACAUGCACACUGACACAGCAAGAGAUUCGGACUCGUCUUCCGAAGAUGUCUUCAUUGAGUUAGCUCAGGCAUGGAAUUACGUUAGAAAAUGGUAUGGUUUUAAAGGAAAACCAAGAGCUGAGACUUUAGACAGAGUAACUUUCAAGACAUCAGGAGAUAAAACAAGAUGUCAGCCUAAAUCGUCCUCGUGCAGUAUUCAGUUUCAAAAUUUACCGGUGAAUAUACAGCUAAAGAUAUUAUCCUUUCUGGAUGUUUAUUCUUUAUCAAGAUCUGCAAUGGUGUGCAGGCAGUGGUACGAUUUAGCAAAUGAUGAUAUUUUGUGGGAAUCAAAACUCAAGGUUGAUGUUCACAAAUGGCAUGUUAUCGAUCACUUAAGUCAUCCGGAACUCUACCAAGAAACCCAAACAGAAUUUUCCCCCAAAGAAAUAUACUUGAGCUGCUGUCCAGAGUGUCGUCACAAAAGGCAGACAUCAUUUAAACUCAAUAUCCCAAGGAUUUCCUUUUUUCUCGGAUUUUCAGUGCCCAAAGUUGUUAUGUUUGGUCCAGGACUUGAAUCAGAGACUAGUGCCAUUGUCAGAAAAAUUCUUUCAGGUCAAAAUUCACCAUUUGUUGUCAGAGGGAUGUUCCCUGGGCAGUUUGAUGGCAUUGGCUCUGGGGUUUCACUGCAAUAUGAUGGUGGGCAACUUAAUCUCAUUACACUUUAUUCAGCUUCAAGGAAAGAAAGAGAAAACAAUGCAGCAAAUGGAGUCAGAAGAAAUAGGUUUAUUGUAAAAAAAGAUGAUUUAGAUGCUGAAGGGAAUAUUGAAGAUGGAGAUGAUAGCUUGAUUACAGUAACUCAGCCAAUCAAGAACUUAUGUGCCUCUGUUGAUGCAUUUAUUUAUGUGGUUGACUCAACUUUGGGUGCAAAUAGAGUGGACAUUGGUAUUGAAGAACUGAGAGCUGUGGUCAAUGAUCGAUGGGUGCAUUCAAAGGCUCCCCUGCUUGUUCUGUCAUGUGUAGCAAAUGCAACUAAUGGACAGUUUUCCUCUAUAAAUGUGGCAAAUAUAUUAAAAUUGAGAGACCUGAACCGACCAUGGCAAGUCAGGGCCUGUCAUGUUAGUAGCUUGUAUGGACUUCUACCUGGAGUUAAAUGGUUGCUGCAGGAAGUUAUGAAGUCAUAA